GACAAGAGUAGCCAAUUGAAUUGGAGUCUGGAGAGGUGGGCCUGCACAUUUUUUUCCCUCAACCAGGAAAUGCAGCUCGGAAACCGGAGAAAAUCCGCGGCUCAAAAAGUCAGCUGUUUCUGAAGAAAGCGAUAGUCACCGCGAGCCAAAAUGGCGCCUUAGCAGAGCUAGUUUCAUGAGAAACAUGAAGGCGGGUCUAAAUCCGCAUCACAGCUGAUUUGGAGCCCCCCCACCCCCAAGUUGUUUUUUUGCAGAGAGCAGCUUUGCAGACAAUCAUAGAGGGACCUCUCGUGUUUUUUUCUUUCUUUCAUGUUAAUUUUUUUAACUUGUCGCGAUUCGGUUGAACUUUUUGACAGUUUUUCUUUUGGACACCUUUAGCUUAAUUUAAAAAUGACACUUAUCUUCAGAAGAACCUACUUUUAUUGCAUUUUUUCUCGGAUAUGUUUGUGUUUUUGGUGAAUUCAGCCCAGAUCUUGGUGAAUUUUAGUGUCGUUUAUUGCCUUCCCCUGCCUUCAUCGCGUGUGUGAGUGGAGAUGUUUUCUGCGGCGGAGGAUUCGGAUUUGUUUACCUCACUAAAGGAGUCAUCCGGAGAUGCAAUCACCCCAACACUGAAGCUCAGUUUAACCACCUUAUACACCGUCCUCUACUCUUUCCUCUUUGUGUUCGUUUACCUGCAGCUCUGGCUCAUUUUGCGCUACGGACACAAGCGCUUCAGCUACCAGAGCGUGUUUUUGUUCCUGUGUUUGCUGUGGGCAGCUCUACGAACGACCCUCUUCUCUUUUUACUUUAAAAAUGUGAUGCAGGCCAACCAGCUGCAGCCUCUGGCCUACUGGCUGCUCUACUGCUGCCCUGUCUGCCUGCAGUUCUUCACCCUCUGCCUGCUCAACCUCUACUUCACACAGGUGAUGUUCAAAGCUAAAGCCAAGUAUUCACCAGAGCUCACCAGAUAUAAGGUUCCUCUUCGUCUGUUCUUCCUGUGUGUCAGCGUAUUUUUCCUGGUGGUGAAUUUAACUUGUGCAGUGCCAGUCCAAGGAGCACUGGAGGACUCUAAACCACCAAGCGAUAGCAGGGUCAGACACGCAGUGUUGGCCCGGGUUCUGAUCAACGACAGUCUGUUUGUGCUGUGUGCCAUAUCUCUGGCCGUGUGCAUCUUCAAGACCGCCAAGAUGUCGUCAGCCAAUGUUUACCUCGAGUCCAAGGGAACAUCAGUGUGCCAAGCGACCGCUGUAGUAGCCGUGGUGAUUCUUCUCUACACUUCCAGAGCCUGUUACAACCUAGUGGUGGUGGCCCUUUCACCUCAGGACAGACCCAGUCCCUUUAAUUAUGGCUGGUACAGCGUCUCUGAUCAGGCUGACGUACACGAGUUCAGCGGCGAGGCCUACAUCGUUUUUGGGAUUGUUCUGUUCUUCUGGGAGCUGCUGCCCACCAGCUUAGUGGUUAUUUUCUUCAGAGUCCAACGACCCCACCAAAACCUGACUGCAGGGGGCAUGAUCAACAGUCACAGUUUCAGCUCUAGGGCUUAUUUCUUUGACAACCCUCGGCGGUACGACAGCGACGACGAUCUAUCCCGAAGCAUCAAUAGUAGAUCUGACCGAGCAAGCACUUUUUUGUCUUGUAUGGUUUUCAGUCUCUUGUCCACCACACCCCAGCAAUCUCCAUCUAGUUGGUAUGGCUCUAUACAACGCAACGGGUCUUUAGUGGCUGGGGUGGCGUCUGCCCAGCAGCCUCCACCUUCCACAGCCCCACUUCUUUUUGCUCACGGGAACAUCCAGAACCACCAUCAUCACCACCACAACUACUACUCAACCCCGCAGAACAACUACCAACAUCAUCACAGUAACCACUAUUCCACACCACAGAAUUUCUACUGCGGGUCAUAGACGUAUUUCUGCACCCCGCAAAAUUAAGAGUGGUCAGUGGUAAAACUUUAGUAAAGAUAACUUCUAAUGAAUAUUUUGUUUUAGCAUCAAAACUUUUAAAUGAUCUUAGAUAAUGUCUCCCAACACAAAUGGAACACCAACUUUUCAAAGAGAUAGCGGAAUAGUCAACUCAAAAGUUGGAGUACCAAGGCUUUUUGAGGAUGUCAACAUCUUUGAGUGGCUUUUAACAACCACAGUGGCUGUGAAGCCUGAUAAGACACUUUUUUUCUGAUGGACGCUUAAGUCAGAUCACCAUAUAAGUGAUUGGAAUCAAAAGUGACCAGAUAACCAUCAUUCCAAUUUUAAAUGUCAAGGAUCUGCUCAAACAGGUAGCAGUUAUCAACUUACCUUGGCUAAACGUGAAACAGUCAGUCCAUAUUUCAGGAUUUUGUCACAUUCUUGUUUGUGUGACUGGCUUUAGUUUAAACAUUUGACAAAAGUCAUUUUAACAGACACUGAAGGGUUAUGUAGGCUAGCUAAAGCAUGCUGGCUAAUUAGCCAAAACUUUAUGCCAUAUCAUCUACAUCUGUAGUUUCGGAAGACAGGAAUUAGCUAGUGCUAAUUUGCCAAUGGCUACUAAAACAGGGAGUUCAUUUAGCAGCAACGGCUAGCAGUUAGCAUAACAAAAAUUAUCUUUAAAUAAACAAAACUCAAAACCUCAGUAAAAUGAUAAAGAAAAUGAUCACAGACUAGCUAACAUUGUUUAGUUGACGUUAUUAUUAAUCUGGGGUGUCAAAAGUUUGAAAUUCAGUUAGUGAACUGCCUGCUAACUCAGUUUUUACAUGACUAACGGGUUCAGUUUCACAAAUAUAACCCUAAAGUUAUUUAAAGUUCACUGUUCCGAACAAUUUCUAUGCUGAGUGAACUGUUAGCAGCCCAGAAAAUAAUUUAAAGUUUUCAUCGAUACUACUGAGACGGAACAGAAGUAUAUGAUGGAUUUAAUAUCGCCAUAAAUAAGUCUGGGAUUUUUUUCUGUGUGAAUUAUUUAGUGAAAACACAAUGCUGGUAUCAAAAAUCAUGAACCUUUUGAAUGUUUGGUUUGAAAUAUGCAGUUUGUUACUUUUGGGGGGAAAAUGCAAGUCUAAAAUUAAUCUGCGAGCUGUUUAAUUCCACAUUGAGAAGGUGUAUCUGUGACCAAAAACGUCAUAUAAUCAGAUUUUUUGUGAGCUACGAGGCAGAAAUUUGCACUUAAAUGAAGUUUAACUUCAGAGAAAAAAGGCUUUGGGGCUUGAAUGUAGAUUUUUCUUCUCAUGCUUUGUAUUUUCUCCAGUAAUUAUCUGUAAUCUGUGCUGUUUUAACCAGUGAGAAUGGAAAUAUCAAUGUGCCAUCACAUUUUGUCAUGCCUACUAGUUGCAUUCCUUAAAAGAAAAUAUUUUUGCACAGGAAAUUGAUCAGAUGAUCUAUGUUCGUAAUCGUUUCUCCAUGCCAAUCAGUUUCUAGUGUGUGUGUGUGUGUGUGUGUGUGUGUGUGUGUGUGUGUGUGUGUGUGUGUGUGUGUGUGGUGGGUGGGUGGGUGGGUGUGUGUGCUUGGAGUUUAGUGUGCUUUUUUAACAUCUGUUUUAUUUACAUAUAUUUUUGUUAACAGAUUUAAUAUUUUUGCCCACAUUUCAGUCAUUAUUUCACAACUUUUGUACAAAACUUUUGUGACAACUGAAGCUUUUUAGCAAUACUCUUUGAUGAGCUUACUUUUUGUUCAUAACCCAUUUCUCUACCUGAAUUCAGUGCAUCUGUGACAAACACUGUUGUGAUUCACUUAGCUCCGCUUGUAAAUGACCAUGACAGCAACAUAGAAACUAAAAGCCACUAUUGCGGAUAGUUUCCUGGUACAAUUUGUUCUAAAAUAAUUAAUUUAAGCUGCUGUUUGGAUUUAAAAUCUUUAUCUUUGGAAGUUUGUCUGGAAAUUAUAUGAAUAAUUAACUUUUUAUAUGUUUCAGGUUGUCCUUUGAACAGCCUCAGUUUGGAGAAACCGUUUAGUGCUAACGGGAUUGAUAGUCUAAGAGCUAAUUUAAACAGGAACAAGCCCAAAUUGGAUGGAUAUUAUCCUAGAAUGACGCAGAUUAUAAAAAGUGCAAAAAAAUAAAAUCUCAAAAAGCUUGCAUGAUUAUUAGCAAGCCCAAAUGUUGAUUGCACCAGCUAGCUUAGCAUCUUCAGCGCAGCCUAAUAUUUUUACCAAAAUAACUAUAAACAAUAAUUAACCGUAAUAUCAGCGUUUACAAAAAUUGAUAUAAAACAUUUUUGUCGUUUUAAUAAGCUAGCAGACUACCCGUUAGCAUGUCAAUCAGAUCAAAACUAAAAUGUUUCUCCGAACUGAGGUAGUUAAAACGGCGACCUACAACCGUUGAGAUUAUUUGUUGAAAACGUUUCCCGCUGGGUUUUACUGAACAUUUUCAAAUCCAGUUCAGGAAGUUAGAUUUUCAACAUCGUUGGGUCCAGCUCUUCGGCAGCCGUGCAGAAUGCAUGUUUCUGCAUCAGAAAUGUGUUUUUUUUUCCAAGAAUGAUUUUAUUUGUGUGAAACUGUUAUUUGAUCUGUCUGCCACAAACAUACAGUUCUAGAUCUUCUAUGAGUGGUUUUAUAGUGUCGUUGGUUUUAUCUGUGGCCAUAAUGAAUGUAAUCCAUGCAAUAGAUCACUGAUGAUGUUUGCAAGAAAAGCACUACCAUGUUUAAAUAAAGGCCUACUGCACUGUUGUCCAA